AUGUGUUCGUGGUAAACUUCUGACAGAAGCGGAACUCCUCGAAUACAGCGCUGUUUCUAUCCGGAACAGAUUACAUGCUGCACAGGCUCGACUGAACGAUUUCCGCGACGGUGCGAAGCAUCAACAUUAAAGGCUCCUUUCAAGCGAUGCGAAACAGUCGGCGAGGCGGCACCACGCUGCGUUGACUGUCGCGCGUGCACAUGUGGACGAGCGCCUCUCCUGAACAUCAUAAACUGUCACUCAGCAGUGGGACGCGGCGUGUGGCGGCCGUUGCUUGGUCCAGUCUGCGGGCUGUGAGUUGAGUCGUCCUCCACACGGGCAGCGAGGGAAGACAUGGCCAGCGGCGGCGGCACCGCCGACAUGGAUCCAGAAGUUGCCCUGAGGCUGUUCGAGGAGGGCGCCACCCUGGUGCUGCUGGGCGUUCCCCGGGGCACAGAGCUGGGCAUCGACUGCAAGAGUUGGCAGGUGGGCCCUCGCUUCCGUGGGGUGAAGAUGAUCCCGCCCGGCCUGCACUUCCUCCACUACAGCUCCGUGAACUCGCCGAGCUGCGGAGGCCAAAUCGGCCCCAAGACGGGCCUCUUCCUGUCCCUCAAGCCCAGGGAGAUCCUGCUGGCCAACUGGGACGCCAAAGAGGAGGACCUGGACUUCUCGGCCUCCGCGAACGACGAGGAGGUGAGCCGCGUCCGGGCGAACCUGCGGGAGCUGGAUCCCUUCCUGGGCCCCUAUCCGUACGAGGUGAUGAGGAAGUGGGUGUCGCUCACCGACCGCCUGAGCGACGAGCUGGCCAAAGGCCUGCAGCCGCUCUCUGGGAGAGUGUGCGCCUACAGUGACGUCGUCCCCGAGGUGGAGUUCAGACACACCGAGGACAGGGCCGAGCAGCCGAGGAACGACACGGCCUGCCAGAGCAUGAAGGAGGGACUCGACCGGCUGCCCAAGAUGAAGCAGAGGGAGGGGACAGAGCUGCGCUUCUCCGUCAUCCCCGACAAGACCUACCCACCGGGGGCAACGCCAGCUGAAAUCACCCAGUGCAGCAUGGACCUGAGCUAUGCCCUGGAGACUGUGCUGGAGAGGAACUACGAGCUGCAGCCUCUCAACCUCCUAGGUGAGCUGCAGUUUGCCUUUGUGUGUUUCCUCCUUGGGAAUGUGUACGAGGGCUUUGAGCACUGGAAGCAUCUGCUGGCUCUGCUGUGUCGCUCAGAAGACACCAUGCGGAAGCGCAAGGAACUCUACCUGGGCCUCAUCACCGUGCUCUACCACCAGCUCGGAGACAUCCCGCCUGACUUCUUUGUGGAUAUCGUGUCGCAGAGCAACUUCCUCACCUCCACGCUGCAGGACUUUUUCCAGUUUGUCAGUGGACCUGGAAUGGACAGCACACUCCGCAAGAGAGCGGAGAAGUUCAAAGCCCACCUCACCAAGAAGUUCCGCUGGGAUUUCGAGGCGGACUUGGAUGACUGUGCCCCCGUGGUGGUGGAGCUGCCUGAAGGUGUUACAGUGGAUUGAAGCCGCUCCGCUGUGGACGUCCAUGCUCACACUGGAAUCGUAAGCAGGGAACAGGGCUGGAUCCUUCUGAAACUGAAGGAGGGCAGUGGGGCUUGGUAUCUAACACCAGACCCAAAGGUCCUCAGAAGGCCUGGGGAAACUUUAUCAGUGGUUUGUACAUGAGCAAAAAUUGUAACCUGUUGUUAAAUAAGCAAACAUGUUAUCAGGUCAUCCGAACGGUGGCGCUGCAGUAAACUAUGUGUCAAUGGUGCCCUCUGGUGGUGGUUUCUCUAAUCUCAGCAAGUAUGCUGUCUUGCAUUGCGGAGAAGCUCGAGAGUUAUAAUAAUUGCAUCCCAUUCAUCGCCAAAAUCAAUCCCCUAGUACUAUAUUUCAAUCCCCUAGUACUAUUUUAAUUCAAGUAACGUGAAUUAAAAUAUUUUGUAAUGUUAAUUAGUGGUAAGAAUAGUAAUUAAUAUCCUACACAAAACUGUCACCUUCAUCAGUGAUAGAGCUCUUAAGUGUUCACCACAAUUUCUACGUAAUAAAAGUACGGAUUAAAGAGCUCCGGCUGUGACAUAUACAUUUGCUAGAGGACAAUAAAUUAUGUGUCACUGUGUGACAGUAGAGAUACCAUACCUCACACAUUAUUGAUAAUCAUUGCUUUGUGUUCCUAAAUAAUUUUUUGUUUUAUGAAGCCCCCACUGGUAAAUGGUAGUUGGUUGGCCAAACGGGAAGAUCACAUCUCAGCUGUUUUCUUCAAAAUGUUUUUCAGCCAACCUUUAAUUCUCUAUGAUUUAUUGGAUCCAAAUAUUCAUUGAAUAAAAACAACACUUUUGAUAGAAAA